AUGACAAAAGAAUUUUCUAAACAAUCAAUAUUUGGACUUCCAACAUUUUCACCUUCUUCGCCAAUAUCUCAUCAACUUCCUGCUGAAUAUUUUCCUCUUGAUUAUGGUGGUGGUGAUAAUAAUAAAGAGAGAUUUGAUACAAAUAAUAGUCGAUUUGAAUUACAAAUGAAUGAAAUGACUAAUCAAGUUAAAGAGUUAAAAACUGAAAUAAAAAUAUUAAAAGAAGAAUUCAUGGUACAUAGUGCUUCAGGAACUGCUUCAGGUGUUAGAAGUAAUGCUCGACAAAUGGAAAGAUAUGAAUUAAAUUAA